CCGUCAUUCCCCACGCGGAGGCGACGCGACCCAGCCAAGUUUCGAGCCCGUCGGGCGUCGGCGUCGCCAAUGCGAGAAAUAGCCCCGAAAACCACAUGGCGAAGCGUCCGAAAUUUCCACGGCCUGACAAUCCAAAACCCCUCGAACGGCCCGGAGGAGGCUCCACCUAGCCGCUGACCCCUCGUCUCGUCAACUCCUCCCAAUCCCCUCGGCUCCCGACGACCGGCCGGCGAGAUGGCGGAGGCGGUGGCCGGCUGGCUGGUGUGCCCGGUCAUACGGAUCGUCGUCGACAAGGCCAAGUCCUGCGCCGCCGACCGGAUCAGGUGGCUCAACGGCGGCGUCCCUGAUGCGCUCCAGCAGCUGGACGGGGCGCUCACGCAGCUCCGCGCCGUGGCGAGCGCCGUCGAGCGGAGCCGCGGCGGCGGCGACCUCGACCGGUGGCUGCUGCAGCUCAAGGACGCCGUCUACGAGGCCGACGAGGUCGUCGACGAGUUCGAGUACCGGACGCUCGGCCCCCCGCGCUCCCCCCUCGUCAAGAUCGGCAAGCAGCUCGUCGGCACCGACGAGUCGCUAAACAGGCUCAAGGGCGUCAUCAAGAAGCUGGACGGCAUCAACGACAGCUCCGGGCGGCUGAUGCAGGCGGCAGGCCUCCAGCCGUCGUGGUCCGGCGAGUUGAGCGGCCACCCGCCCACCCCGGUCGGCCCGGCCACAGGCUCGCUGCUGGAGGACAGCGAGGUGUUUGGGCGCGACGCGGAGCGGAAGAAGAUGGUCUCUUGGCUGGUCGCCGCCAGUCCGCCCGACCGCGCAGAUCCGCGCGCCGCCGCCAUCCCCGUCGCCGCGAUCAUUGGGCUCGGCGGGAUGGGGAAGACCACGCUGGCGCGCGUCCUGCUCCACGACGAUUUGGUGAAGGAAACAUUCAAUCUGGUGAUGUGGGUGUGUCCUUCUACCACUUACCACAAGGUCGGGCUCGUGAAGCAAAUCCUGCAGUCUGCUGGGGUAGAAGUUCCUGACAACAUGAACAACUUUGACUGUCUCCAGAGGCGGCUCGAGGAUGCCGUGUCAUCCAAGAGGUUCCUGCUGGUUCUCGACAAUGUCUGGAACAAAGGGGGCAUGGACGAGGAUAACUGGAGCGAGGUCUUGGCUCCUCUCAGAUGUGGCCAGCCCGGCAGCAAGAUCAUGGUCACCACCAGGAAAAAGAUUGUAGCAAACCUGCUGAAGGCGAGCAAGCUGGUCCCGUUGGACGGACUGGCGUUCGCGGAUGUCUGGUCGCUGUUCACGAGGAUUGCUUUCAGCAAUGACAGCGCUGACAAGCAUCCGGCGUUGCAGGCAAUUGGAGAGCAGCUUGUUCACAAGCUCAAGGGGUUGCCAUUGGCUGCCAAGGUCGUCGGCGGGAUGCUCAAGGCUUCCCGGAGUAUCAGUCACUGGAAGAGGAUCUCGGAGAUGGAAAGCUAUGCCAAUGUAACCUCAACGCUAGAGCUGUGUUACCGGAACCUGCAGGAGCACCUGCAGCCAUGCUUUGCAAUCUGCAGCAUAUUUCCGAAGAACUGGCGGUUCAAGCGUGACAAGUUGGUUAAGAUUUGGAUGGCCCUGGAUUUCAUCCGGCCAGCUGAAGCUGAUGGGAGGAAACUGGAGGAUGUAGGGAAGGAGUACUUUGAUCAACUUGUGCAGGGGUCCUUCUUCCAUGAACGCAAAGAGGGCCAUCAGAAUUACUAUUACAUUCAUGACCUGAUGCAUGACCUGGCAGAGAGUGUCUCACGAGUUGACUGUGCAAGAGUUGAGAGUGCUGAGGAGAAGCAGAUACCUCGUACAGUUCGGCACUUAUCCGUUACUGCUGAUGCUGUCACGCAGCUCAAAGGCCGGUGCGAGCUCAAAAGAUUGCGCACGUUCAUAAUUCUAAAGCAUUCCUCGUCUUCUCUCAGUCAGUUGCCAGAUGAUAUCCUCAAAGAAUUGAAGGGUGUCCGUGUGCUUGGUUUGGAUGGCUGCGAUAUGGUUGAUCUGUCGGAUAAAAUUGGUCAACUGAUGCACCUCAGGUACCUUGCUCUUUGCAAGACAAUUACAAGGCUUCCACAGUCAUUGACAAAACUGUUCCUUCUUCAGACCCUAAGUAUCCCUAAGAGGUGCCGCCCCGAGCAGUUUCCGAAAGAUAUGCGGAACUUGAAAUAUUUGCGCCAUCUGGAUAUGGACAGGGCAAGUACGUCGAAAGUUGUGGGUAUUGGGGAACUGAUUCAUCUCCAGGGAUCAAUUGAGUUCCAUGUUAAAAGGGAAAAAGGUCAUAUGUUGGAAGAUUUGUAUGAUAUGAAUGGUCUCUGCAGAAAGCUCCAUAUCAAGAACCUUGAUGUUGUAUCCAGUAAACAAGAGGCCAGCAAAGCUGGCCUGAGAAAGAAACAGGGUAUUAAGGUGCUGGAACUAGAAUGGAAUUCCACUGGUAAGAGUGACCCUUCUGUCGACGCUCAAGUGUUAGAAGGCCUUGAACCGCACCCGCAUGUUGAAGAGGUCCGUAUCAGAAGAUAUCAUGGUGAUAAGUCACCGUGUUGGUUGGACAUGAGCUUCAAGUUGAAGGAGGGAAGUACACCGUGCCUACUUAAAUCUUUAUAUUUGACCAACUGUAGGAAGUGGGAGGUCCUGCCUCCUCUUGGGCAGCUUCCCUGCCUGAAGGUUUUGCAUUUGAAAGAGAUGUGCUCACUGAGACAGAUUGGCAGUGAGUUCUAUGGAACCAAGUUGAUUGCAUUUCCAUGUCUGGCAGAACUUGAAUUUGAUGAUAUGCCACAGUGGGUUGAGUGGACCAAAGAAGAGAGCAUGACCAAUGUUUUUCCCAGGCUCCGUAAGCUGAAUCUUUUGAACUGUCCCAAAUUGGUUAAAGUGCCUCCUUUCGCUCAGUCCAUCAGGAAGGUCACUGUCCGAAACACAGGGUUUGCUUCACACAUGAAGCUAUCCUUCUCAUCAUCGUCGAGAGCUUGCAGUGUUGCACUAGAGACAUGUUGUGCCACCAUCCUUACAAUAGGUUUGCUGCACCGGCAACAGGUGGAAGCAGUCGCAGUUUUGACUCUGCGGCGCUGCCAAGGCGUAAAUUUUGAGGACCUUCAGGCACUUAUCUCACUGAAGAAGCUGCAUAUAUCCCAUCUAGACAUAACAGAUAAGCAGCUGGGUACUUGUUUGCGAGGUUUACGAUCACUCACCUCUCUGGAGAUAGACAACUGCAGCAACAUAACAUCUCUUCCACAUGUUGAGAGUUCGAGCGGAUUGACGACGUUGCACAUUCGACAGUGCUCCAAGUUGUCCUCUCUGCAUUCCUUGGCGAGUUUUGCAGCACUGGAAAGCAUGUCGGUCGACAAUUGCUCCAAGCUCACCUUAGAGUCUUUCCCUGCCGACUUCAUCAGCCUCAGUUCUCUGAGAAAAUUGAACAUAAUGUGCUGCACGGGGCUGGAGUCGCUGCCAAACGGCUUCCCGUCUUCACUGCAAGUUCUUGAUCUGAUUGGGUGCAAGCCAGCGCUGUUGAACCAGCUGCAGCUCAAGGACGGGCCAGAAUGGGAUAAAAUAGCUCAUAUCCCGAUUAAACGGAUCCAUUGACCAGAGGCUCGUUGUGUUGGUGCAUCCGAUGCCGUUAUCAUUCAGUUCGUUGUCGCCGUUCAAGAAUGCCACCUUUCCUAUGAAAUGAUCAGAUAGAAUCGACGCGGUAUGUGCAUUUCAGAUUACAUAGUCGAUGUCUGCCAUUUGUGUGUGAAAUUCUAGUAUGCAAGAUGAGAGAUGCCGGAUGGAUCUGUAUCCCUCCUGUAUGUAUGUAAUGUGUGAAAUUCUAGUAUACUCAUACGUUCUGUAUGUAACUAAUGUGCCCUUUUGGCUGAUGUACAUUCUCAUUACUCUUUGUCUCUUUCUGUUUGUAGCCUUGCUGCGAUUGACUGAGCUGUUAACAAAUGUAAUCACUAGCUAAAUUGGAUUGGUGUUAUUUCUUU